AUGUCUGCUGCUGACGUGCACAGCAUUUUGUACAGAGGGGAAGAUCCCCUGAAGAAAAAAUUUGUCCCCAAAAAUGAACAGAAGACCCACGUGCCCAGGCACUGGCCCGGCAAGCUGCGAGCAGCAGUGCUGGAGCGGCGCAGGAGGGAGGAGCGGCUGCUGCAGCAGCAGCAGCAGCAGCAGCAGCAAGAAGAAGACAGUGAAGAAAGCGAAGAGUCCGAAUUCUCUGAUGUCUCAGAAGACCAGCCCGAAGAGACCAACGUUGUGCUGCACAAGCCUACCUUCGUGCCGAAGGCCAAUCGGCUGACAGUCUUGGAGCGGGAGGAGCAGCAGCGGCGGGCGCGGGAGGAGCAGCAGCAGCAGCAGCAGCAGCAGCAGCAGCGGAAGCUGGAGACGAAGCAAAUGGUGUACGCAGUGUUGGCCCGCGAAGACGAGGAAGCAGCAGACGCCCCCGUGGUUCCCGUGGAGGUGCAGCAGCAGCAGCAGCAGCAGCAGCAGCAGCAGCAGCAGCAGCAGCAGCAGAAGAACCUCAUGGGCUCGGAGGAAAUGCCAGAUGAUACUGACGGGCUCGACGCCGCCCAAGAGUAUGAAGACUGGAAGCUGCGGGAGCUCGAGCGGAUCCGGAGGGACAAGGAGGAGCAGCUGGAGAGAGAGAAAUUCCUGGAGGCGGUGGAGCGGCGGCGGCAGAUGACUGAGGAGGAACGGCGGGAAGACGACAAAGAACUGGACAAGAUGCAGCCCAAGAGGGAAAUUCGACACAAGUACAACUUCAUGCAGAAGUACUACCACAGGGGUGCUUUCUUCCAAGACCUGGCGCGCAGCGGAGAAGAGCCUUUAUACCUGCGGGACUUCAACGCCCCUGUCGGGGAGGACAAAGUGGACAAGAAGGCGCUGCCGAAGAUCCUGCAGCUGCGGCGCGGCGAACUCGCCCGCGGAGGCCGCAGCAAACACACCCACUUGGUGGAUGUGGACACUUCGGACUUGUCGCAUCCUUGGGCGCAGGCCACUCGCGACUUGCAGGGGCAGAAGCUCCUCAAGAAGGCCGCGGGUCCGUGCUGCUGCUGCUGCUGCUGCUGCUGCUGCAAUGCUGCUGCUGCAAUGCUGCUGCUGCAAUGCUGCUGCUGCUGCAAUGCUGCUGCUGCUGCAAUGCUGCUGCUGCAAUGCUGCUGCUGCUGCUGCUGCUGCUGCUGCGCUGCUGCUGCUGCUGCUGCUGCUGCUGCGCUGCUGUUGCUGCGCUGUUCAAGUUCAAGUUCUCGGGGGCGCGGAAAGCGGGGGGAAACUGCGGACUUUGGCGGAAUAAAAGGUUUUUUGAAUUAA